GAUACCUCGGGAUUAUCCCAUAUGUCGACUUGUGUAGGAUGGUCUUCGACCUAAAACAACUCCCCCAGUAUUCUUGUUUUGCUUACCUCUCAACCCGAGGAGGGUUUAGAAUCCCGAGGAUGCCUAGUUCCUUGAAGGGGUGGAAGGAUAAGUGGUUCUAUGCUAUACGUCAAGAUCCCGACGUUCCCUUUAGUCCUCGGUGGGGGGUUCCUGAUACUGCUAGGUUUUGUGGGGGUCAGGCAUACUUUGAAUCGUUGGAGAGGCAUAGGCAAAUGCUAGAGGAGCUCGAGCCCCUCGUUUAUGACUUGGAUGAUAUCCUCGGGGAUGAUAUCCUCGAGCUUGCAAACAUGAAGGGAAUCGAGGAGAUGACGUUUGAUCCAAGUGCCCUUCGUCAGGCAGUGAACAAGAAGUCCAAGGCUCCCCAGGCUCGGGCUCCCGGCCAGAUGAGGGGCCAAAAGAGACCUCGGGAUUCGAGGCAGGAAAGGCAGACCAGUGGGCCCCGGGAAUAG